GGGGGUGAAGCUCAAGCGCUGUGCCCACAUUCGGGGCGCGCCGAGCAGAGGGGUCCCUGGGGGACGCCCGGAGCUAAGAUGGCGUCCGCAGCCGAGGGGGACAUGGAAGCGGAGCUGACGAGGGGGCUGCGGUGGGAUUUCCAAGACCUGAGCCUUAACAAGUUGGCGACGUCCCUGGGCGCGUCAGAACAGGCGCUGCGGCUCAUCAUCUCCAUCUUCCUAGGUUACCCCUUGGCUUUAUUUUAUCGGCGUUACCUUUUCUACAAGGACAGCUACCUCAUCCACCUUUUCCACACUUUUACGGGCCUCUCAAUCGCUUAUUAUAACUUUGGAACCCAGCUCUACCACUCCCUGCUCUGCAUCGUGCUGCAGUUCCUCAUCCUCCGGCUGAUGGGCCGAACUGUCACCGCUGUGCUCACCACCUUUUGCGUCCAGAUGGCCUACCUUCUGGCCGGAUAUUACAGCACAGCCACCGGCACCUAUGACAUCAAGUGGACGAUGCCACACUGUGUCCUGACCUUGAAGCUGAUCGGUCUGGCCAUGGACUACUAUGACGGAGGGAAGGAUCAGAAAUCCCUGUCCUCCGAGCAGCAGAUAUACGCCAUACGGGGUGUCCCCUCCCUGCUGGAAGUCGCCGGCUUCUCCUACUUCUACGGAGCCUUCCUGGUGGGGCCCCAGUUCUCCAUGAACCACUACAUGAAGCUGGUGCGGGGAGAGCUGACCGACGUCCCAGGGAAGAUACCAAACAGCACCAUACCUGCUCUCCGGCGCCUGGGCCUGGGCCUGGUCUACCUAGUGGGCUACACCCUGCUUAGCCCCCACAUCACCGAAGACUAUCUCCUCAGCGACGACUACCAAAACGGCAGCUUCUGGUUCCGCUGCAUGUACAUGCUGCUCUGGGGCAAGUUCGUGCUGUACAAAUAUGUCACCUGUUGGCUGGUCACGGAAGGCGUGUGCAUUCUGACGGGGCUGGGCUUCAAUGGCUUCGAUGAGUAUGGGACAGCCAAGUGGGAUGCCUGUGCCAACAUGAAGGUGUGGCUCUUUGAAACCAACCCCCGCUUCACGGGCACCAUUGCUUCUUUCAACAUCAACACCAACGCCUGGGUGGCCCGCUACUUCUUCAAACGACUCAAGUUCCUGGGAAAUAAGGUUCUGUCCCAGGGCCUCUCGCUGCUCUUCCUGGCGCUCUGGCACGGCCUCCACUCGGGAUACCUGGUCUGCUUUCAGAUGGAGUUCCUCAUUGUGAUCGUGGAGCGACAGGCUGCCAGCUUGAUUCGAGACAGCCCAGCCCUGAGCAGGUUGGCCUCCAUCACCGUCCUGCAGCCCCUCUACUAUCUGGUGCAGCAGACCAUCCACUGGCUCUUCAUGGGUUACUCGAUGACCGCUUUCUGCCUCUUCACUUGGGACAAGUGGAUGAAGGUGUACAAGUCCAUUUAUUUCCUUGGCCACGUCUUCUUCUUGAGUCUACUAUUCAUAUUGCCUUACGUCCGUAAAGUGAUGGUGCCGAGGAAAGAGAAGUUAAAGAAAAUGGAGUAAUCCCUGGUGGCCCACUGCAGGACUGGCACACCAACGACCUGCCUCCCUUUGCAGCACUCUGCCCUGGAGCACAGAGAACCAGAAGCCAGGGUGAGGGAAGACGGGGCUCCCCAGCUGUGCCUCUGCCGCCGGCCACGUCUCCAUUUGGGGCCAAAGGGGAAACUCGUGGGAGGAGCAGAGGGGCCCAGGUCCCUCCUCUGGGCUCCCCCAUGCACGAUGCCUUAUCUCUUCCCCCUCUAGCGAGGAACUUGUGUUUUUCUUCUGCCAAUUUACUAUGAUUGUAUCCAUGCCGCUGCCUCCGCCCCCCCCUCCAUGGGGGGAAGGGAGGGGCAAGGCCCUGCCUGCCCCACUUUUCUACCUUGGACUGACUGUACCACAUAAAAUCACUUCAGUUUGUUUGGUUUUUCACGGCUGGCGCCCCUGGCUACUUUCUUUCAAACACAGCCCUCCACGCGUGCCAUGGCUGAAACAAUCAGGGCUCCCUCGUUGAGGGCGCCAGACUGCAAAUACCAUAACCUCACGGGUCUUGUCUGAGGGGUUACACCAGGUCACACCAUCAGAUGCUGCCGAGUUUAGGAACUCUCAGAGGACAACCAGGUUUACAAGAACAACGUUUAUAAAAUAAACAGAUAGCAGGCGUACAGCCUGGACUUCCGCAGACCCCAGUCUGGGUGCAGGGAGGGUCUUCCAACAGUCGACUGAGGACAGGGGCAGGAAGCAACGUCUGCACUGUGUCGGGGGACUGGGCCCUGCUGUCAGAGAACCCCCCACGCUUCUUCAAAGGCAGUGGUGACUUUUGCACAGGUGAGGGCGGCAGAGAGCGGGUAGUUGCUGAUGGACACCAUCUUCUCUGUGUACUCCACGUCCACCUGAGGAAAGAGCAUCUGUCAGCGGCUCGUUCGCUCUAUCACAGGUUCAGCCCUUCUUUAGGGCAGAAAAACUGCCAUCUCGUAGCACUGUUUACCACCAGUGUGGGAAAAGGAUGGAGAAGGCCUAGUUCCAACCAUGAGGCACACCCCAGCGUUCCUCACAGGAUGUGCUGGGAGCAGAAGGUGGAGCCCCUCAGCUUUUUUCUUACCCUCUACCUCCCAACUCCUACGGAUCAUCAAAAUGCUGAGUGCUCUCGGGAUUCUGUGCUAAGCUUCAGCUCCGUGAAGAAUCUGAGAGUUGAGCCCAGGCCUUACCUUGCCAUGAGCAAAGGCCCCCACCACGAAGACAAUGGGGUCACUGCUGGGCGCCAGCUCUCGCACAUCACUGACAACUGGGACAGAAAAAGAAGUGCCAAUUUUCAUACACCCAACUGGAAAGUGGUCUGACACUGGAUUCUUAAUCACCUAAAGAAAAAUAAAUAAAAAUCAG